AUGUUUAUAAUUGGUGUCAUUAGUGGACUAUUAUCAAUAUUAAUUUUUCGAAGAAAAUCUUCGAUGAUGGUUGGUUGUGGAAUUUAUCUUUUAACAACAUCAAUUAUAUCAUUAUUAACAAUAACUAUUUUUACAAUAAAAUAUUGGCAACUUAUUUUUUUUCAAAUGAAUCUUAUAACAAAUCGUUCAUUUCUUGAUAUGAAUUGUUUAUUAAUUGAUAUGUUAUUAAAAAUGUUUCUUAGUUCAGGUGAUUGGUUAAAUGCAUGUGUUGCUAUUGAACGAGCAAUUACUACUAAACGUGUUAUCCCAAUAAUAUUUUCUUUAACAAUUCUUACUUAUAUUCAUGAUCCAAUAUCUCGUCAAUUAUUUGAUGAUGAAGAUGAACAAAGAACAUGGUGCAUUGUUAAUUAUUCAUUUCAAUUGAAAAUAUUUGAUAGAUUUAUUAAUCUAUUUCAUUUUUUAACACCAUUUAUAAUUAAUUUUCUAUCUGGUUUGAUUAUCAUUAUUAAAGAAUUUAAAACUUGA